UUUCUUCUUCAGGCUGUUUUCAAGUUUGAAGAUUUUUUGUUUGGUUUGUUUCUUUUUCAUUUGAUUUCCACGUUUGUUUUCUUCAAUUCUUUCGUUACAUGUGAUAAUAAUGGCCCGUUUAAUAGGCAAACAAUUUUGGAAUAGAUUUAUUCUGAAUGUACGAUUGAUUCAACAACCACUUCGGUAUCAUCAUUUAUUCAUUCAACAACAACAACAACAACAAAAUCAAAUUCGGCAACCAUUAAUGCCAUUGAUUUGUCGUACAUUUGCAUCAUAUGGUGAAGAUUUACCACCAAUCGACCCAAAAGAAGUUGAAUUACGUGUAUUCAAAACCAUUUCAACGCAUGAUAAAAUUGAUCCGAAAAAUGUAAAAAUAACAAGCCAUUUAACAAAUGAUCUUGGUUUAGAUUCAUUGGAUCAAGUUGAAAUAAUGGUAGCUCUUGAAGAUGAAUUUGAAAUAACAAUCGAUGAUGUUGAUGCUGAAAAAAUUCAUACUGUUCAAGAAAUAAUAAAUUUCGUUAUCAAAUCAUUAGAUCGACCGGAUCCAAGACAGAAUCCUGGUGCAAAAUAUGAUCCAAAUAUGGAAUUUGGUCCUAAUUAAUUAAUUUGAUUUAAUUGAAUUUCUGUUAGCUAAUAUUUGAAUUUAUAAAUAAAAAAAAUGUUUUGGAAAA